UUUGCCAGAUUUCAUCCACUUUUACUUGGGAAACCGAAAGGAUAUCGGCUUCGUCUAUGAACCUUUGAUUGAAAAAAAGAAGGAAGAUAUGGUCGGGCUACUGUCCUGGUUAAAGCGGAAGGAUGACAGCGAUUGGGAGAAGGCCUUGGCGGUGCUGGACGAGAGGAUCCGCCAUGCAGAAAUACGGCUAUCUGAAUUACAUAUGCGAGAAAGAAAACUCAAGUUUGCGUGGCUGUAUUACUCUAUCCCAGUCUAUGUAUUCGUUCUAGUCGCGUACUUCACUUAUCUCAAACCGCGAGGAGAUCCGUGGGAUAUAUGGCUGUGGAAGACGGGUUUCGUUGUACUAGGUGCCCCAUGUAUAUAUAUAGUUCACCGGUUGAUCCGGUAUUGGUACAGCACUAAAGAAAAGCAUGAACUGGAAUACCUUGAAAAUCUGAAAGCAAAGCAGAAGGAAAAGAUCGAAGAUCUGAAGAAGAAAACCGCCUAUUACAAAACCAAGGGCCUUAUUGAGCGUUAUGACACACCCACUAAGGAAAGGAUGCGAAACAAGCCGCAACCGGGCACACCCAUGCAAACUCCUAAUGCCGCGCAAGUUUUAACAAAACCUUCCACUCUGUCCCAACGUCUUGAGCCGUCGAGUACUCCCCAGAUGGUCGCAUCGAUGAACACUCCAGUAACCCCAUUCCCCGUCGACAGGCCUUCGCCGCUAUCCCCCACACCUGACAUCAAUAUGAUGAUUCCUGCACGCGGUGCACACACUCCUUCACCAAAGGGAUGGUUUGACAAGGUGAUUGACAUUAUGAUCGGUGAGAGUGAAGGACCAGCAAGUAAAUAUGCAUUGAUAUGUGAAGAAUGCUUCACACACAAUGGUUUGGUUCCGCCGGACGCAUACGCAACUGCUCGCUUUCGAUGCAUGAAGUGCGACCAUCUCAACGCACCAAAGAGCUAUGAGCAUCUCGGGUUCGGGGACAGCAGACGAUCCCAAGACAUGGAUUCACCCACAGCAAGUCUGCUUAAGCGGCAUCGUGCGUCUGUUCCAGACGAGCUUCUGUUCGCGAAAUCAGCGUACGGUCAAGAGUUGCGGCGACGAUCGAACCUGCAAUCGUCAGAGGAAAGUGAGACACAGCAAGUUGCUGAACGGGGGCCCACGCCGCCAUUAGAGUCGCAAGAUAGUGCUGAUACUGGUAUGGUGGGAUCCAUUGAGGAUCUUCACGAGCCGCAAGAGACGGAAAAGGAAGAAUAAGUGACAUGUGAUACAGUUCGUGGGCGUCACGGCGUAUGCUUUACGCGUCGGGAUAGCUCAUUUGCUCGACAACCCCAGAAGAAUUAAAACUGAAACAUUAAUAGCAUUCUUAAAAAUACAAACGCAUUACGCAAAUGUGGACAGCAACCAAAGUUGAAAGCCCCAAAAAACUAUCACCCCCGUAUAUACACGAAGCUCGUCGCCCAUCGUAAGAUAAAACAACCCCGUGUCCCUCACCCUUCCUUUGUCUCUCGGUUGUUGGUCGG